UGUAUCGAUGGUUCAAACCCCCUGAUAAAACUCCUAUAAUAGUACGGAACGGGGAGGUGGAAGCAAUUACAAAAAUGAUUCAAAUAACUAAAGACGUUUAUAAGAUAUAUUUUAAAUUAUUAUUAUAAAGAUAUAUGGCUGUUAUAUCGCAUAUACAAGUUAUAGCUUGGAAAAGUAUUGCUACAAUUGCUGUGGCUAGUUCUGUAUGCGUUGUUGUAUUUAUUUUGUUUUGUGCUUGGUGUUUCAAGAAAAAAAAGAAAUUUCUAGAAAGUCGAUCUGAUGAUCAUGAGGCUAAUUUAUAUGAAGAUGACACGUCAAUUUCCAAACUACCAUUGUUAAAGAAUGAUGAUUUUUCUUUUUUAAAUAAUGGAAGCAGAAAUAAAAUUAACCCAUCACCAGCUAAAUCUACUUCAAGUUCUUCUAAUAAAAUAACGCCAAAUCAAGAAAAGAAAAAAUUUGUGUUUGACAUAAACUCUUUACCUAAACGUACAAACGAGUGUACAAAUUAUGUGCAACCACCACUUGAAAAAAAUAAAGAUUUAGGUGGCUCUUAUGACACAAUAGUAUCUUCAUGGAGCUCCAUACCAAAUGAGCCAGAUCCAUCGACUGAACGAGGUGAAGACCUUGGCUCUAUUUAUUUUAGUAUAAGUUAUGAUGUUUAUGGACUUGUUUUGAAACUGACUAUUCAAAAGGCUGUUAAUUUACCAGCUAAAGAUAUAUCUGGAUCUAGUGAUCCGUAUGUAAAAGUAUUAUUGCUUCCAGAUAGGAAAAAUAAAUUAGAGACUCGUGUUAAAAGAAAAAAACUUAAUCCAAUUUGGAAUGAAGUUUUUACUUUUGAGGGUUUUCCUUAUCAAAAACUGCUUCAAAGGUCUGUUUAUUUGCAAGUACUAGACUAUGAUAGAUUUUCUAGAAAUGAUCCUAUUGGUGAAAUUGAAGUUGCUCUAUCAGAUAUAGAAUUACAAUCUGAGCCAGUUCCAUUUGUUAAGAAAUUAAAGCCCUGCAAAGGUUCAACUGAUUAUCUUGGCGAUCUUCUGAUUUCAAUGUGUUAUAAUCCUACUUCUUGUAGAAUAUCAAUAAGUAUUAUUAAGUGUUCAAACCUCAAGAAAAUGGAUAUUACAGGCAGUUGUGAUCCUUAUAUAAAAAUAUAUCUCAUAUAUUCUGGGAAACGUAUUGAUAAAAAGAAAACAACAAUAAAAAAACGUGAUCUAAAUCCAGUUUGGAAUGAAAACUUUGAAUUUGAUGUGCCUAUAGAUAAGAUACGUGAAAUUUCUUUUGUACUUACUGUAAUAGAUUUUGAUAGAAUUCUUCCUAAUGAAUCUAUUGGACAGGUAACCAUAGGGUACAGAACUGCAGGGCAGUCUUUAAAACAUUGGACAGAUAUGAUGAACCAUCCUCGCAAACCAAUUGCCAUGUGGCAUAAAAUUAUUAAGAUUUAAUUCUAAAGCCAAUUAGUUACCAAUUCUAAUAGUAGCUGGUUACUAAUUAGUUUUACUAGUAGCUGGUUACUAGGGUUUUUACAUCUGCUGUUUAUACUUUUAGUAUUUAUAUGCUAGUUUUUAUUUUGAAGCUAAAGUGACAAAGUAUAAGAAUUAAUAUAUGCUAUUAUUCAAACAAGAUUUUGAUCACUAAACACAUUGAAAACGUUAGCUUCG